CAAGCGCCGUGGGCGCAGAGCACGCCGAGAGUUGUAGUUCCGGCGUCUUGUAGAGGAACUUGCGCUGCGAUGUUGCCCCAAAUGUUGGUGGGGGCGGUCCGGGUUGCAGCAGGUCUGUGCCCCGCGCUGGGGUCUCGCCUCGCCGCCCGCCUUCCCCCGCAGCGGCCACCCGAGAACAGCCUGGCCCUGCAGCGGAGCCUGCACGCGACGGCGGCCCGGGCUCUCCCGCUCGUUCCCAUCGUGGUGGAGCAGACGGGUCGCGGCGAGCGCGCCUAUGACAUCUACUCUCGGCUGCUGCGGGAGCGCAUCGUGUGCGUCAUGGGCCCGAUCGACGACAGUGUCGCCAGUCUGGUCAUCGCGCAGCUGCUGUUCCUACAGUCGGAGAGCAACAAGAAGCCCAUCCACAUGUAUAUCAACAGCCCCGGUGGCGUGGUGACCUCGGGCCUGGCCAUCUACGACACGAUGCAGUACAUCCUGAACCCCAUCUGCACGUGGUGCGUGGGCCAGGCGGCCAGCAUGGGCUCCCUGCUUCUGGCCGCUGGCACCCCGGGCAUGCGCCACUCGCUCCCCAACUCCCGCAUCAUGAUCCAUCAGCCCUCCGGGGGCGCCCGGGGCCAAGCCACAGACAUCGCCAUCCAGGCGGAGGAAAUCAUUAAACUCAAGAAGCAGCUCUACAGCAUCUACGCCAAGCACACCAAACAGAGCCUGCAGGUGAUCGAGUCAGCCAUGGAGAGGGACCGCUACAUGAGCCCCAUGGAGGCCCAGGAGUUUGGCAUCUUGGACAAGGUUCUGGUCCACCCUCCCCAGGACGGUGAGGACGAGCCUGAGCUGGUGCAGAAGGAGCCGGUGGCAGCGGCGGCAGCAGUGGCAGAACCUGCCCCAGCGAAUGCCUGAGAGCUGCCCCUCACCCCCGCCCUCGCCCUCCGGAGGAAAGUGGAGGCGCCAGGCCUGCCCACCCCUCGACACUGAGCCUAGAGGGGACCCUUGAGGAACUCUGGAUUUGGGGGUGCCCCUCCGGGUGGGUAUCCCAGCUGAGACACUGUGAUUUUAAAUUAAAUCUUUGUAGACUUUG